AUGAAAGCGGAGGUUAUUAUUUUUGAAAAUGAAAUGAAGAAUCAAACAGAAUUAAUGAACAAAAACAAAACACAAAUAUCGGCUGCAAGAGAGAAGAUGAACGAAACUGUGGACGAUCGUAUUCGCUUAUUAAAGGAGUAUAAAGCGAUAAUGAACGCUAAGUUCGACGAAAUUAAUCAAGCACAUCAAAAAGCUCACGCAACACAUUUGGAAAACUUCCAGCUCGCUGUUGCACAGUUGAAAAGUUCUUUGGAAAAGGGGGAGAAUAUCUUGAAGAGGAAUAUCAAUGCUGAAAUUCUGCAAACGAAGCCAAUGAUUAUUGAACGCUGCGAGGACCUUUUGAACACGAAAAAGCCUGAUAUAUACAAACCACCUCGUGUUCAUUACGCAGUAGAACAGAAAUUGGAUAUUUCGGAUCGAGUUGUUGUGAGUCAUACGGAUCCCUCAUCGACACUUGUCAAAGGUCUUUGUGAGAAGGUAGAAGAACAGAAUGAGACAUAUUUUACUAUUAUCACGAGGGAUUUAGAGGAAAGACAGAGUUAUAAUGAUGAUGACAUAAACUGUGAAAUUCGCACUUCAACAGGGGAUAGCUUGGGAAAGGAUCUUAAGAUUGAAGACGCGGGAGAUGGUAGUUAUACAAUUAAAUACACACCAGAUCAUAUUGGAUUAUAUGAAGUAAAAUUGAAAUAA